AUGACGGCCGCAGAGGCAACCAUUCCCGAGUUGCUCGAGGAGCAAGCGGACUCGGUCCCCGAGUCCAGAGUAUUGAUCAUCAUGACCGGAGGGACGAUUUGCAUGAAACAGUCACCCUCGGGGUUUGUGCCAGCUCGAGGAUUCCAGGAACAGUGCCUGGCCCGCGUGCCUACUUUCAACGAUGGCUCCUCCUCCACGAUGAUGGACGUUGUGGUCAAUGCGGCGGGAGAGAUCAGUCCGCAUCAGAGUCUACGAACGCCGCAGACGUUGUACGGCCGCCGGGUGAGAUACACAGUGUUUGAGUUCGAGGAACUACUGGAUAGCAGCUCCAUCGACGCCAAGGGUUGGACCGAGAUCGCACGGACGAUCAAGCGGAACUACACACUCUUCGAUGCCUUUGUCGUGCUGCACGGCACCGACAGCUUAGCAUAUACGUGCUCCGCGCUGAGCUUCAUGCUCCAGAAUCUCGGCAAGACGGUCGUUCUUACGGGCGCACAGGCUCCGAUGCUGGAGCUACAGAAUGACGCUACGGACAACCUCCUGGGCUCCUUGGUUGUGGCGGGCCACUUCGUGAUCCCGGAGGUGUGUCUGUACUUCAACAACAAGCUCUUCAGGGGCAACCGGUCGUGCAAGGUGGCGGCCAGUGACUUUGCGGCAUUCGACUCGCCCAACUGCCCGCCGCUGGCGGUGACAACGUCGAUGCGCACCAAUGUCAACUGGGAGCUUGUGAACCGGCCAAAGAAUAUCGAACACUUCAGCAUUCAGACAAAUCUGGAUACCACGCACGUCGCGUGUCUUCGCAUCUUCCCUGGCAUCAAGCCGGAGAUGGUGGACGCCGUGCUGAAGCUUGAAGGACUCCGCGGAUUAGUGCUGGAGACCUUUGGCGCGGGAAACGCACCGCACGGCCAAGACAAUGCCAUGACUAACGUCCUUGCCGACGCGAUCAGGAGAGGGAUCGUCAUUGUUAACGUCACUCAAUGCCUGACCGGUAGCGUGAGCCCCGUCUAUGCGCCGGGAAUGAGUCUUUCCCGCGCAGGCGUCGUUGCAGGUCUCGACAUGACGACAGAAGCCGCUCUUACCAAGCUGUCGUACCUUCUGGCUCUUCCGGAUUCCACGCCCGAGUCCGUGGCCAAGGCCAUGUCGGUCUCGCUUCGCGGAGAGUUGACUGAAGUGUCGCAGCCGAUGUUCCGCCACCCGGACGGUGCACUUCCGGAGCGGGUGCAAACGCUCACCAUGCUGGGAUAUGCGAUCGCGCAGGGAGAUUUCGAACGCGUGCAGGAGAUCUUCAAGAUCGAGCAUCACUGGAUCUUGAACGACGCAGAUUAUUCCGGAAACACUCCAAUCCAUCUUGCCGCAACCUCUCCGUCCGUUGAGAUUCUCCGCUUCCUUCUGCUGCAGGGAGGGUCAGUGCAUAUUCGAAACCGCAACGGGCGCACACCGCUGUUCCUCGCUGCCAAUGCCGGGCUGUCAGAGCAUGUCCUCUUGCUGCGCAAGUCAGGCGCGCAUCUGCAUUCUGAUGAACGACAAGCAGCCGAACUCCUUGCACGGCGCAGGCCCGCCGUUUGGGGUCUAGCCGGUAUUGGGCCGAGGCAAGUUAGCGACCGCGAGAUGGAGGAAGAGGACGAGGCGCUUCUGGGACGACGAGAGAUUCCCAGUCGGAUGCUGUCUGGCUCUGCUCCUUGA